UAACCACCUGUCCAGCUAACGAUAUAAAACUGAAGGUAGAACAGAGAUACAAGUUAAUGCAACCAUGUAUUCGAAGACUUUGUUACCAAGCUGUGUUUGGCUCCUGGCAUGUUUUGGUCUGUUUGGCCGUACUGCCAUCAUGCACCGGCGAAGAAGCGACAAUGCCAUUUAUGACAAUACCAACUACGAAGACUCCAACGACGACACCAACUACUACAACAACAACCACAACACCAACUACGACGACGCCAACCACAACACCAACUACGACAACACCAACCACAACACCAACUACGACGACGCCAACCACAACAACCCAACUACGACGACACCAACAAUGACGACACGAACAAUGACAAUGCCAACUACGACAAUGCCAACUACGAUAAUACCAACAACGACAAUGCCAACUACGAUAAUACCAACUACGACGACGACAGAUCAAUGUGACUUAUGCUGUGAACACAGUGGUGUUUUAGACUCCGACGAAUGUGAGUGCACAUGCAGGCCUAACUUCUAUGGUGUCACCUGUGAGAAAAACUGUUUCAGAGAAGCAGUGUCUGCGGCACGUGAACGAAUCACAUAUCUCUGUGAAAGUACUGCGUACACUGCUUCGUGUGCUACAUCCUGCAACGCUUGUAGAGAACGGAGGUGUAGAAAUAGUGACCAAAGUUUCUGUGGGGAGUUCCUACGAAGAAAUAUUAUCCUGGCAGUAGUAGGAUUCUGCAACGAUCGUGAUGGCGACGAUUGCCAGCGGCUUUGUCGACGAGUUUACCUAAGACAUACGCUUUUCAGCCAGUCGUCGUAAAACUCGCAUUGUGCUCCUUAUGAAAGAUCUUGGAGAAACAAGCGAAACAAAUAAAAAUAAUAAUAACAGCA